AUGACUGUGUCUUCAGACCCCAAGGAUGCCGAUAGCUCGGACAGAGCGUUGGGGGCAUCCGACGCUGGAAACUACAGCAUUUACGCCAGCUCGGCAGGUCAACGUCCUGGAGACAACAUCCAAAUCCUGGCAGCAGGAACAAACUUGGAUAAGUUCGUCGCUGGCUUGAACCCCAGCAAAGUCAUCAUCUUAUCCGAAGCCCCAAGCCCAACUGCCAGUUUCGACGGCUCUGACGAGACCAUAAAAUGGUUCCAGAACAUUGAUCCGGACGCUAGUGGCUCCGUCGCCGUCGAUGACUCAAAGAAUAUCGAAAGCUUCCAAUUCUCCCUUUCUCAGCCGUGGCCGCUUGAGUUCAGCUCAGCUAGCGAUAUCCUGCUCUUCACAUUCGGUUCAACUGGUCUUCUCGGUAGUGAUGAGACCGGAUCACGCAUUGAAGCGCCGGGUAUUGACCCUACCAGCAACAUGUUGAUUUGCGGUCUUGACUUUGCCAACAUGAAAGACAUCACCGGUAUCAGAGUAAAAGAUGUCUUUGAGAAUGCCAAUCAAGAAGGCAUGACGGACUUCAUCCCUCUUGCGGUCCUCGCCCUCGAGGUGACCCUGAAAAAGCCACCAGAGAAUGCAAAGCCCAUGAGGAACGCUCUAUGGUUCGUCCCAUCAGCGGAUAAACGGCUUGAGACUCGUCUCCAGUUCCAGCUCUCGGACUUCGACGCAUUGCAGGAGCUAUUCUCAAUUGCUCUGAAAGGUCUCGUCAUUGAUAGCGCGGACGUCGUCUACAAGAGCAAAAUGCAAUUGGGCGUUACGGAAAAUGGCGAGAUGCCUCUCUUCGCUGGUCAAGUGACCUUUAGCAUCGACUGCUCCCUCAACAGUGCUGGUAAUACAGUCUCGAUGCUCGCUGGCGUUGAAUUCACCGCUACCACGAUUGACUUUACCUUCAUGUUUCUCUCACCAGACCCUCUUGCCGGAAUACUCCAAUGGCUAGCUAGCCUCACCGACGAUGAAGAAAUUGAGACGGUUGUUAAUAGGAUUCUUGGCAAAGAAGAAGGUGGAGAGAAGGUUCUGCCCGCUGCAAACCUACGAAGACUGCGCAUUGGGCUUGAUACAAGAAAGGAUCCGCAGAAUCCGAGACUUGGCUCUUUUUCCUUCGAUAUCGAAGUUUCUGCGAACUUUGGUCGUGGAGAGAGCAAGGACACCCCUGUCUUCUUGAUCACGUAUAACUGGAAUCGAUCUACCGGUACUUAUGGUACUCUGUCCGGACAGUUGUGGAACAACUUUGGCGCAUCGGAUGACCUCGACUUGGAGCCAGAGGGUGAGAAGUGGGCCAUUCUCAAGCCCUUGACAGCUUCCCCAGCGUCUUCCAUCGACAUCGCCACUCUGAUCCCCGGCCAGACUGUGGUCAAUAUCCCUGACACUUUGCCCUCCCAGAUAACCCUUGCAUCCAUUGAGCUAUCCCAAGAAUCAUUCUCUCUUCGCUGUCAAGCCACUGCAAACCCUCCAACUCCAGGCUCAGCCCCCCAACCCUAUCUCGGCGAGGUUGUUCUGGCGACCUACUUCAACUGGGGCAGCAGCUCAGUCUUCACCUUUGACGUCGGGAUUUCCGUCCUGAUUGAUCCACCAGAGGAUUCUGAGUUCGAUCUCCCCGCUGCCUUUGUUGGAACUCUUGGCUACGAUUCUUCCAACAAGUCUUGGGAGCUUACGGCUUCUAUCAAUGGAUUGUACGCCGCAGCUCUGACUGAGUUCUUCCACGAUGAUGAGAAGGGCCACGUUGGACCGCUGAUCAAUUCCAUUGCCAUCAACACUUUGUCCGUUGAGUAUACGUACGAGAAACAGAGUGGCAAUAACGCCAAAUCGGUGGGAAGCACGUUCACUAUCUCUGGUGACUUGGUCGUUGCGGGGCUGAGAUUGAAUCUCGACUUCAAUUACACUUCUAACGGCUUUACAUUCUCAGCGGCACUGAAUCCCGCCGACCGGAAUGCCACUAUCGGAGAUAUCCUCACGGACCUUCUCGGAUCUUCGUUUGACAUCCCUGACUUUGUCUACGACACUCUGAUAGUCGGUGACAACAAGGAUGCCUUCAGCAUUGAUAUCAAGAAGAUGAAAGACGCCGUCUCCGGCAUCGAGUCAUUCCAAUUCCUUGCCACUCUCAAUAUUGGACAUCUCCAGUUCCUCUUCUCCCAGCUCCAUAGCACUGAAUGGGGUCCCAAAGAUCCAUCCAAGAGACUAUUCAAAGCAGCCAUAAACGGCUUCGGCAACAUGGAACUUGAGAUUCCUCUUGUUGGUACACUGUAUCAGCCACUCGAUGAGCUGUACUUCCUAUUCGUCCAGGACCCCAAGCCACCAAAUAGACCCGGUCAAAUGACAGGCCUGACGCGAGAGGAUAUGGGUCUCCUCAACAACGGCGUGAUGCAAAAGGAUCCGCUGCUUGUUGCUGACAAGAUCAAGCCUGACCAGGCGAAACCAACUGACCUUCUUGUGCCCUCUGGUUGUCACUUCGCUGUCAUUAUACGUAAUGUGGCCAAGGGCGAGCGCGCGUGUCUGCUAAGCUAUGGCUUCAUGAAACCCAAACCUUCAUCAUCUCAAGCACUGGCCUCUAGUGCCGAGGAAAAGGGCAGAAGACGCACUGAGGAGGAGAUGGAUGAUGGAGGCCCUAGUGCCCAGGCCCCAUUCAAGAAAGAUACCGGACCCAUAGCCAUCAGCAACGUCAGUCUGAAAUACAAGGCAAAGACAUUGUCUAUCACCUUUGAUGCGACGUUCCAGCUUGGACCGAUUGGGUUCUCUCUUCUCGGCUUCACCCUCAACACCCGAUUUAAGAGUCUCGAUGAGCUGCCAACAAUCAGUGUCAACAUUGACGGUUUGGCAGCGUCCUUUGAUCGACGUCCCCUCACAAUCGCCGGCAUCAUCGUCCACGGUAAUGACGGUGCCAUGGACUACUACGCUGGUGGUCUUAUCAUCGGCUUCCGUCCUUAUCAGUUCCAAGCAGCUGGCUUCUACGGAGUCAUCACUCUCGCAAACAGCAACAGCUUCCAGAGUGUCUUUGUCUUCGCAAAGCUCAACGGCCCGCUCAUGACACUUGCCUUUGCUGAGAUCAGCGGUAUCUGCGGUGGCUUUGGCUACAAUAGCAGCGUUCGCUUGCCUUCUGUAGACCAAGUCUCGGAUUUUCCCUUCAUCAACAGCAGCCGUCUCAGCAACAACGACAAUGCUCAACAAGUCCUUAUGGAGCUUGUCAGUCCCACCGGCGGCGGGUGGUUCCAGCCACUUGACAACACCUACUGGGGUGCCAUUGGCAUGAAACUCUCUGCAUUCCGUAUGCUGAGCGUCGAUGCUGUUGUUGCAGUGCAGUUUGGUGACUCGGUGAAGCUGGGCAUCUUCGCAGUAGCGACUUGUGACAUUCCUUCAACCAACUCGCAACUUAAACUUGCCCAUGCUGAGUUGGGUAUCGCUGCUGUGUUGGACUUUGACUAUGGCUUCCUCAAGAUCGAGGCGCAGCUAUCACCUCGCUCUUAUAUCCUCAGUCCCAACUGCCACUUGACUGGCGGGUUUGCCCUUUGCUACUGGUUCGAUGCGCCUCUCGCCGAUAAAGCCAGAAUCGGAGACUUUGUCUUCACCUUGGGCGGGUACCAUCAAGCUUUCCGCGUUCCUGUUGGGUACCCUAACCCCCCUCGGCUUGGUAUUAGCUGGGACUUGGGCGGUGGCCUGUCAAUCUCUGGAGAAGCAUAUUUUGCCAUCACUACCAAGGCAUGCAUGGCUGGUGGACGUCUCCAUGCUGCGUUCAAAGCAGGACCCCUCUCUGCUUGGUUUGAUGCCUUCGCCAAUUUUCUUAUCAAUUACCGACCCUUUUACUUUGACAUGUCAGCUGGUGUCUCUGUCGGAGUCGGGUUCAGUAUCGACUUCUGGUUUAUCCACAUUCGAAUCUCAGUACAAAUCGGUGCUGAGCUGUAUCUCUGGGGACCACCUGUUGCUGGUCGCGUUCAUGUUGACUUCUGGAUCGUCGCUUUCGAUAUCAAUUUUGGCAAUCAUCAUCCCAAGAUCGAUCCAGUCAGCUUGUCAGACUUCUACGAGCUUGUACUCCAAGACUCGCCUGCAUCUUCCUUUGCGUCUGCCACUUCCCUCAUCACGGGCAAACAGCAACAGGAACCCCUUGCAGCGUCGACAUCUACCAAACCCAAGAACGAAGCACACAACUUCCUUGCUGAGUCUGGACUCCUGAACCCUGAUGAUCAGCCAGAGAAGGGACAAAACGACCCUUGGACCGUCCGGGCUGGCACAUUUGUGUUUGUUGCGGAGUGCAAGAUGGCCAUAAACGGUGUUUCAACAAAUAAUAGUUGGGACCCAAUCUUGCAGGGCAAUGAAGUUUUCAGCAAGCCAAUGGGCAUGACAACGCCCAUGUCUUCAAUUCUACAGAUCCAAAUAGUCCAUGAGGAUGGAAGCAACCCUGAGGAGGAUUGGCAAUUCGAGAAAUAUACUCAGAUGCUUCCGGGCGCUCUGUGGGCAAAAUAUGACCGCCGAACUGAUCCACGCCAGAGUGGAAACAACGUCGGUGAUUUACUCAACACCAACAAUGGUAGCCCAUCUCUCAUGACAGGCGUGAGAGUCACUGCGCCCAAGCCAACCAUGUCUCCAGACCCAUUCCCAGCCUACAAGGUUGCGGAUGCAGACCUCCAGGAGCUAACUGCUGAACGGAGUUUCCCAGGUAUGGUUACGGCUGAGGAUGCAUGGGCUCCAGUCAAGCCAAAUGAUGAUGCCAAGAAGAGGUAUGAAGACAUUCAUGAUGCUUGGGUAAGUCCUGCAGUGGGGGAAAAGGGCCAGCAAGACUUUGUGGGCACCUUAGCUCAGAGUUUGGGAUGGGGGGAUGUAAGCCAGCUGAAGACCAUUGCUGGAAUUCCUGAGAGACUGAAGAGGGGUUUUAUGAAUAUGUAUGUCGCGUCUCCGUUGUUGACUGCGUGA